GAGCGUUUUUAGAAGAAUUCCAAGCGUUCACGCAAACAUUUGGUGUGGUGUUUUGAACGCAGCCUCGGAGCUGGAAUCAUUUACCUAAUACCGAGGUCACAUUUCAGAAAAGUUGAACUUUAGGACUCCUCACUGAUCAUAAACUAUCUGCACGCUUGAGUUGAGCAAAAGCUUUAGCCACCAUGGCUGAGCCACCCGUUCUUAUACGACAAGAUGAGGUUGAAGGAUUGUUGGAUUAUAAAGAUUUGAUCCCGCGACUUGAAGUAGCACUGGGGACGUUUUCCAAACGGGACAGCGCAGAAAUGAUCCAGCCCGUCCGUAGUACGGUCCCGUUACAAAAAUACAAUGGAUUCCUGGGGCUGAUGCCUGCAUAUUUGGUGCAUGAAGACAUCCUGUGCACAAAGUUGGUGUGUUUUUACAAGAGGGAGAGUGGGUCAACUCUGCCAUCAACUCAAGCCACAGUGUUGCUGUUUGAUCCUGAGUAUGGGAACGUCAAAGCUGUCAUGGAUGGGGAGGUCAUCACAGCCAAAAGGACAGCAGCAGUGUCUGCUAUUUCUGCCAAACUGUUGAUGCCAGCCCAGUCGGAGGUGUUGACCAUACUGGGAGCUGGCCAUCAGGCCCUCAGCCACUACAACGUCUUCACAGAAACCUUCUCCUUUAAAGAGGUCCGUGUGUGGAGCAGGAGGAAAGAGUCGGCGGAGAGGUUUGCCCAGUCCACCCAGGGUCAUGUUACAGUAUGUGAGUCAGUGGAGGAGGCAGUGAAUGGGGCAGACGUCAUAGUCACUGUGACUAAGGCCAUUGAACCAGUGCUCUUUGGCCAGUGGGUCAAGCCAGGUGCCCAUGUAGCAGCUGUGGGAGCCUGCAGGCCAGACUGGAGGGAGCUGGAUGAUGUGUUGAUGAGGCAGGCUGAGGUGUAUGUGGACAGCAGAGAGGGAGCUGUAGCAGAGUCAGGAGAUAUCAUCCUGUCUGGGGCCAAAGUGUUUGCAGAGCUUGGAGAGGUUCUCAAUGGAACAAGACCUGCCCAUAGAGAGAAGACCACUGUGUUCAAAUCCCUUGGAAUGGGGAUUCAAGAUGCAGUCUCUGCCAAGCUUGUGUUUGAACAGUGGAAGAGCAAAUACUGAAGACCUGAGGAGGAUAAUGGGAUGGCCAUGAAUGUGAUCACUUACAUUCCCACCAGUUCUUUAAAGGAGUAGGUGGAAAGAUAUUGGGAGUUGAAGCACAUUCCUACAUCUGCACAACAGAAUGUAAAAAACAGACAAUA